AAAUAAUUACCACCUCUUUGCCUCUUUUCAUUGUCCUUUCACUUCACUGUUCACUCCGAGCAAAAAAAGCCCAAAUUAAAGGUCAAAAAUUCUUUGAUCUUGUAAAAUGUUUGCUAUUUUCUUGAAAAUUUAUUCCAAAAAUAAACCUGCUUUCAUUUCCAGAGUUCCCCUUUUCUAUCUUCUGCCACAAACUUGAUGAUAGCGUCACUCUUAUUUGGAGUUGUACUGAUUACGAUCCCAUCUUCAUAUGGGUUAUCGGUGUCAUGUAUGAUGGAGUAUGACGAUGGUGGCGCUCCGGCCGUUUAUGGAUAUCCGGAGUGUCCACAGUGGGUUCUUUCUCCUGCUGGAUCUCUUCAAAAUCAAAACCUGAAUUGCCAGUUUGCCAUCCUUCAGGGACGCAGGGACUACCAAGAGGAUGCUAUAGCUUGUAAUCUUGAUAUCAAAGUACCAUUACUGGCUAAGGAUGCUGGCAAAAAUGGGUUUGAGGAGGAAGCAGUUGGAAUUGUAGCAGUAUUUGAUGGCCAUGGUGGAAAGGAAUGUAGUGAGAUGGCUUCAAAACUUCUUUUUGAUUACUUUUACCUGCAUGUUGUGUUCCAAUCAUACAAGGUAAUGGCACAUCAUAAUGGGGUGUUACCCUCAAGCGAUUAUAAAUCAUUUCAGCUGGAAAUUCUUAAAGAAGCAUUAUCCAAGACAAUUGGUGAUAUUGAUCUCAGGUUUUCUCAGGAAGCUAUUAAAAAUAACUUUUACUCUGGCUCUACUGCCACUGUUGUUCUUUUGUAUGGUCGGCAAAUAUUAGUUGCCAAUGUCGGUGACUCGAAGGCUCUUCUUUUAUCGGAGAAAAUUCAGUCUGCUCUGAGGACUGAAGGUGAUUCAACAGCUCAUCUAUCGGCAACAGCAUUAACAUAUGAUCAUCAUCCAGACAGGGAAGAUGAAAGAGCUCGAAUUGAAGCAGCUGGUGGUUCUGUCACUAACUGGGGUGUGCCUCGAGUCAGUGGAGUGCUUGCCAUGUCUCGUUCCAUUGGUGAUGUAUAUCUGAAAAGGUAUGGCGUUAUAGCUGAGCCCGAGUAUACAGGUUGGAGGCCUUUAACUACUAAUGAUACGCAUUUGGUGGUUGCAUCUGAUGGCAUAUUUGAGAGCUUGACGCCACAGGAUAUUGGUAAUCUGAUUUUUCAAUGGAAUUCACAUUUCCAAGGAAUUGAAGAUUCAAAGAUGCCAGUCUCAUGCCUGUCUUCAACCUCAUUGGCAGAGUGUAUUAUAAAUACUGCAUAUGAGAAAGGCAGCCAUGAUAACUUGUCUGUUAUAAUUGUUCCCUUGACUUGACACCCCAUAAGUUUACCAAUGAUUUCUAAGGUGCAAUGAGGAAGUAGGAAGGACCAACAUCAAUCACUAAGCUUUAGAAUUAUAAUUGCUGAUGGGAUGAGAUCCCUUCGCGCAAUCGUUUGACAUGGCAUGAACUUUAGAAGUACAGUUGGAAAGCAAAUUUAUAGUGGAAAGUGAACGCCCCUUAUCAUGUUUAGAA